UCACUGAAAUAGCUUACUGGGACACUUGAUGGAAUUGAGCCAUCGUUAAGGUUAUCAAUUUCAGCUGUGUUUUUCCUACUAUGACAAGUCAAAAAAUGUCUGCUGUGAAAAAGGUCCAUCGUGGCACUUAGAGGAAAAGGCAGGGAUCACCGAAGUCAGUAGGAUUCAUCCUCUGGGAACCACAAAUGCCUGUUUUCUAUGCUUGCAUGGCACAGACACUGAGGACACCUCCAAACGCACCUGAGGCGCAUCUCCUAAUCAAGGGAGAGGCGUGGGAUUGGCACGAGGACACUCUCAACCACACCUGAAGCGCAUCUCCUAAUCAGCCAGACUCUGGUUGGGAGGAACGGCUUUACUGGGUUCUCUUCGGCACACUCAAACAUCAGCAGCAGCUCCCAAAGACUUCACUCUACAUUAACUGCCGUGACACUGCAAUGACCUCACUCCGGCUGUUGCCCUUGUUGCAGUCCCUCCUUCUCGUCCAAGUCCAUCUUUCCAACCAGUUAGAAGACAACAAGAUCCCUCCCAGUCUGUGUACUGGUCACCCUGGUAUCCCGGGCUCUCCUGGAGGGCAUGGCAGUCCUGGUCAGCCAGGGAGAGACGGGAGGGACGGGAGAGAUGCUGCUCCAGGGGAGAAGGGACAGAAGGGGGACAUGGGAUACCCAGGUGAGACAGGAGUGCGUGGCUUGACCGGGGACAGAGGGGACCCAGGAGAAAAAGGGGAGAGGGGGCAGUCAGGAGAGUGCGCAGUGGCCCCCAAAUCAGCCUUCAGUGUCAAACUGUCCGAGGGCCUCACUUCACCCAUCACUGUGGGCAAUGUAGUCCGCUUCGACAAGGUCGUGCUUAAUGAACAGGGCGACUACAACGCAGAGACGGGACGCUUCACCUGCAAAGUGCCAGGAGUUUACUACUUUGCCGUUCAUGCCACAGUCUACCGCGCCAGCCUCCAGUUUGACCUGAUGAAAAAUGCACACACAGUGGCAUCUUAUUUUCAGUUCUACGGCAACUGGCCCAAACCAGCGUCUCUUUCAGGCGGCUCCCUGCUCCACCUCAUCCCUGGUGACCAGGUGUGGGUCCAGAUGGCUCUGUCAGAGUACAAUGGGUUUUACUCCAGCACCAAGACAGACAGCACCUUCACCGGCUUCCUGGUGUACUCAGACUGGAAAAACUCUGCUGUGUUUGCAUGACCCUUAUGAACAAACCAGUCAUAUCCCACUUAAGGCUGUUUUUUGAGUGCCUAUUUCAGUUUUCUAAUUGAGAAGUUCUGGAUAAAGACAAGGCAAUAGGCUGUGACAUGGUACAUCUGUAUUUGUGUAACGAGUAUAAAACACCAGACAAUGUUACUUGAAUGGCACAUACCGUACUGGUGAAGUGUGAGGUACACACACUGUUUAUUCAGUGUCUGGUCUUCAGCUGGAGCCUUUAAAUGGCUGUGACACUUAAUUCUUGUAACAGAUGUUGUGACAAUGGCUUCCAGCCAACUCCAGGCCACAAAUUCAAACAGCUUUCACGCUUUUUAUUGCACUUUUGUUUCCCGUCAAGAUCUCUGCACAGCAAACAUGAGAAAUGAAUAAAUAUCGUAGUUUUUAAAACACACACGACUGAUAUACUUUUGGCCAUAAAUACCCAUUCAUACUGGAUACUGUGAGGCCAUCCGUUUUACUAAUUGUUAUAAGUCAGUUCUAUACUUUUAACUUUAAUCUCCAAACAUGAUAUUUGUCACUUUCUUAUAACAUGCCUGCCUGUGCACACUUCUGUUUGUAGUAAUUUACCUGAUUGCAGUGGUGGAAGAAGUACUCAGGUUAAAAUUGUGUAAAAACACUCACAAUUACAUGUAAAUUCCUGCAUUCAAACUUCUAAUUUUAAGUACAGAUGCAUUAUCAACAAAAUGGACUUAAAGUAUUUAAAGUAUUCGCUUUGCAGAAAAUGGCCCAUUUGAGUGAUUUAAUAUUAUUCAUGAUAUUAUUAAAUUGUUAAUACUGAUGCAUCAAUGUACCGUAUAAGUGGCAUUUUAGUGUUGUAGCUGGUUGAGCUGGAACUAGUUUAACUGUUUUAUACAGUUAGCCAGGUAAUUUAAUCCAGUGGUUCCCAACCUAGGGGUCGACCCCCGAAGGAUCACAAAAUAAAUCAAAGGGGUCGUGAGAUGAUUAAUAAGGCAGAACAGAUAAUUUUACCUCAUUGAGCACAACUUGUUAUUCAAAUGAAACCAUCUGAGAAGUUAACCCUUGUGUUGUCCUCUGGUCAAAUUUGACCCAUUUUCAAAGUUUUUUUUUUUUUAUAUCAGAAAUAUAAAGGGGUUACUUUGAACCUAUUGCCCAAAACAACAUGGAUGCAUGGAUAUACGUUGUUCAAUAUUAUUUGCAAAUCAAAUUUAAUGAUUCCUUUCAUUUAAUUUUGGGUAUUUUAUUCAAUUUCAUAGCAUUUGAAAAAAAAUGUUUACAUUUUUAACUCAAAAAUUAGGUAAUAUGUCAUAUAAAUUAGGUUUAUUGACCAUAGAUAAAAAAAAAAAGAAAAGUAUCUAAAAAAGCACCAAAAACAUAAAAAAAAAAAAUCUGAAACAUGACACGGGGCCCCAACAAGGGUCAACGAGGCUCACAGGUCAAAAAGAUUGGGAACCAGUGGUUUAAUUGUUAACAAUGCAUCAUAUUUUAUAAGCUUGUUUUUUAUUUUUAAAUGUAAAAUCUUAAUCUGAAAAGUAACUAGUAGCUAUAACUGUUAAAAUAAAUGUAGUGAAGUAAAACUGCAAUGCUUCCCUCUGAAAUGUAGUGGAGUAGAAGUAUAAAGUAGGAUGAAAUGGAAAUACUUCAGUAAAGUACUUUCCACCACUGCCCGAUUGAUCAACUUUUACAUGGCAUUUUUAUCAAUAAAAUCCGACACUCAA